AUGGUCGGAUCAGUCGAUGCGGCCACCCGCAAGAAGGUGCUCAAGGUCGUCUUCAUCUCUCUGUUGCUGGAUUUGAUAUCCUUCACCUUCAUCCUCCCGCUCUUCCCCAAGCUCCUCGAAUUCUACCGUAAUUCCGAAGCCCCGACCGACCCUGCCGCCCCUCCUAAAGACACCCUCCUGUCAUGGAUCCUCAGCCAGCUCAAUGCCUACAAGGCUGCCUUCGCGCGCCCCAUCGACUCUCGCUAUGAUAUCGUCCUUCUCGGCGGCGCCCUCGGCUCGCUCUUCUCCCUGCUCCAGGCUGUCGCAUCGCCAAUCAUUGGAACACUGUCCGACAGAUAUGGUCGCCGCACUGCACUCCUGGCUAGCAUGAUGGGCAACAUACUCUCGGUGCUGUUAUGGGUCAUGGCCGUAGACUUCCGCACCUUCCUACUAAGCAGGGUGGUCGGCGGGCUGUCAGAGGGCAACGUCCAGCUGGCAACAGCCAUUGCGACGGAUAUCAGCGACAGCAGCUCGAGAGGGAGCACAAUGGCCCUCAUCGGCGCGUGCUUCUCGAUUGCCUUUACAUUCGGUCCCGCCCUCGGCGCAUGGCUCAGCAGCAUUGCGACCGUGGCAGCCAACCCCUUCGCGACCGCCGCAGGGUUCAGCUUGUUCUUGAUUGUCACCGAGACCGUCUACCUAUACACUUCGCUCCCCGAGACACUACCGUCGAUGUCCGAAGACACAAAUGGCCAUGCCACCAAGGAGGAGAAGUCGAACGGAAAGCCCGACGAGCAGAAGCCCAUCCAGCGCACAAACUCUCACUUCGUGCUGAACGCGACCCACUUCGCCUUUCUGCUAUUCUUCUCCGGCAUGGAGUUCUCACUGCCCUUCAUGACCUACGACCUCUUUGGAUAUUCCUCAGCGAAGAACGGCCGCCUCCUCGGCUUCGUCGGGCUGGUUGCAUCAAUUCUGCAGGGCGGCGUGACCCGUCGACUGCCUCCGCUGCUCUCCGUGAAGACUGGAGUUGUCGCCUGCCUCCUCGCCUUCGUCCUCCUCGGUCGCCUUACGAGCGUGCCAAUGCUCUACCUUGCCGCCACUUUCCUCGCCACGACGUCGGCGACUGUCGUCACAGGCUUGAACGCGCUGGCUUCUUUCGAAGCAAACGAAGGCGAGCGGGGCGGAAAGCUUGGCGUAAUGAGGAGCUGGGGACAGGUUGGUCGUGGACUCGGGCCGAUCUUGUUCACGAGCGUGUACUGGUGGGCUGGGCGCGAGGUCGCAUAUGCCAUCGGUGCUGCUGGGAUCGCGGGAGUGGCCGCGAUAGUGUUUGGUGGACUGAGUAGCCCUCCUGGAAGCGAGAAGCGGGCGAAGCCAGUUAAGUCGGGGAAGAAAGAGUAA